AACGACUAACGAUUAACAGCUAGAUUUGAUUUGCAGGACGGAUGCUGGGCUUCGAUUCGAGACAACUUGUGACGCCGAGCGUGAGUUCUGUUACGUCGUCAGUCGGCCAGAAGCCCUUUGGCUCAACGCUAACGUUUCUCUUCCGCCUCGCCUGGCAGACACGCGUCCUCUUUCCCGUCUUCUUCACGAUCACCUGCAUGCUGCUCGACCUACGCAUCCAGGUCGAAGUUAACCUUAACGUACGCGACUAAACAGUAAAUGGAAUGCACGUAAGUGAACAGCGAACAGAACGUACUCAACUGAACAGCGAACGAGACAGCGUACGCUACUGACCGGUAAAUUGAACUUAUGGUUCUGAAUAGCGAACGCAUCUGAGUGGCGCGAACUGAACAUAUGCAAGUAAACGGCACAGUGAAGGUGUGCCACUGAAUCAUCCACCAAUCACCAGCGUCUUGCCGAGGCUGAAUCACGUCGAAGCGUGUCGCGUUCUUCACCAACUUGCGUGCAACGAGAGCGAGGCGACACUAGGAGGCGCUACUAGCGACGAUGACGGAGCAGACCGAGGACGACGACGCGUGGCUGUAUGGUGACAAGGCCGACGGCAAUGAUGCGCCCGCGGGAGGCGACGGCGGCGGCACCGACGACACUGCGAAGAUCCUUCUGUCGGCCGACGCGUUGCCGUUCGAGAGCAGCGCGACCGCCGAGCCGGGGCCGCCGGGAACACUGCCGAAGCUUGAGGCUGGGGAGCUGAGCGGGGAUGAGGCGGCGGCGGCCGCCGCGGGCAUCGCGUCGGACGACGACGAUGACAGCGACGACGACGUGCAGGUGACGAUCGGCGACAUCAAGGCGGCGCCGGCGACGCAGUACGCGUUCGGCGCUGCGCAGGGGAAGCGCGGCGCAGCCGGCGGACCCGCGUUGGCGGCAGCAGCAGCUGCGCACCAGAAGCAGGCGGCCGGCGACGCGACGAUGCAGGCGCCGGGCAAGCCGACGCUCGUUAUCCAGCAGCCGCAGAAGGCCGGCAUCGACCUGGACGCAGUUGGCACGGUGAACGGCACGUCCAUCUUCGACCUUGACCUCGACACGCUUGCCGACGAGAAGCCGUGGAACAAGCCGGGCGCCGACGUCACCGACUACUUCAACUACGGCUUUAGCGAGGACACGUGGGUGCGCUACUGCAGCAAGCAGAAGUCGCUGCGGCACGAGAACCUCAUGACGAAGAACAUCCAGGUCGUCAACGGCAAGGACCCGGCGGUGGCGGCCGGCGGCGUCGGCGGCGCCGGCGUGGCGACGACCGCCGUCAACCAGAACAGCAAGUACUCGGCGGCGGCGAACAACAAGGCCGUCGUGACGAUGGGCAAGAAGCCCGACUUCUCGCCGUUCCGCAAGCCGACGUCUGGACAGAUCCAGGUGCUGAGUGCGUCGCGGCGCGUCAGCGAGAGCAGCGACGGUGCGGGCGGUGGAGGCCCCGGCGGUGGAGGCCCCGGCGGCGGCGUGAUUAGCGUGAUCGGAGUGGCGCGGCCGCGCGCAGGGCCGCCGCCCCCGGUGCCGCCACCCGGCGCGCCCGGCAUGCACUCGGUGCCGAUGGGGCAGCCGCCGCCGGGCUACCCGAUGGCUCCACCACCGGACAUGAUGACGCCGCCGCCGGGCAUGGCCGGCUCGAUGAUGCUGCCGCAGCACGGGUACGGGCCGCCGCCGCCUGUCUCUCAGAAUCCAUCGCUGCCACCGGGCUACGUCAGCUACCCGCCGCCGAACGCGGGGCCGCCGCCGGACAUGGCAUCGUACGACGCGGGCUAUUACGGUGGAGGCGGCGGCGGCGGCGGCGGCGGAGGCGGAGGCGGAGGCGGCGGCGGAUACCAGCCGUACGCAAACGCUCCACCGACGUCGGUGCCGCCACCGAUGUGGGGUGAGACGGGCCGCGACUGGGACGACGGCGUGUCGUCGUACAGCGAGGCAAGCCGCCGCUCACCGUCGUACGACCACUACGGACGCGGCGGCGGCGGCGGCGGCGGCGGCGGCGGCGGAGAGGAGCGAGAGAGCGGGAGCAAGUCGGCUGACCGGGACCGGGAUCGCGACCGGGAUCGGCGACACCGGGAUCGCGAGCGGGAGCGGGAGAAGGAGCGCGACAAGGAGCGCGAUCGGGAACGCGAGAGGGAGCGCGAGGAGCGGCACAAGAAGAAGAAGCGGGGGCAUGAGGAGGAGGACGAGCAUCGGACAAAGCAUCACAAGCGCAAGAAGUCGAAGCGCGAGACUAAGGACGAGGAAGGCACGGAAGACUAGCUAUGCUGCCGGAGUAACUACGUUAGCGCAAGAGUUGGUAGUCGGCGUCAACCGAUUGAUGAUCGUUUACUUGAUGUGCAAAAAAAUCCAGAUGGAUGUACAUACGUUGUCAGUGACCGAUAGUGAGUGAAAUGUGUGUAAUUUUACUGUUAGUUUACAAGUAAUAGUGGAUGUGCUUGUGUUACAACAUUCCUAUGAGUCGCCUCUUUUGAUUUCUGGCAAAACACGAUGGAUGUACAAUGUAACAGUAAUUUCAUGAAGUCAAUUUCAUGUGGAAUUGUUAUUGCUGGUUAAGAAAGAGUUUUCCAUUCUAUUAAAAGUAUUUACGUAUGAUACUUUGACAUCUUCUGACAAAAUAAACAUUUGGCAUUAAAUAAAAAA